CGCGAUCUGGAGGUUGGAACAGAAGCUCACGGAAACUACUCUGAAUUCGGGUCUUGCGUUUCUGAAAUCUAGCACUGGUCUCAUCAUCCCAUAGCCUGAAUUCCUUUCAUACAGAGCGAGGUCUAACCUAGUCUUCCCUUCUGUUUAGUUGCGCGAAAAAUGGGAGUGAAGAGAGGAAAGGGAACAUGAGUGGCAUCGUGGGAAGAAUUCGUUAACUUGAUGGCGUUGAUGUGCGUUCAUCAUCAGUGAACGCACAUUUUUUUCGAAUUUUCAUGAUUUGAACGAAAACUGCCUGGUCGAGUCCGAUCUAAACAACUCUGCAAGUAAUUUUAUUCUUUAUCUCUUCUUUAUAGUUUUAACUAUAUUAAGCUAACAAAAGAGAAAAAGAUGCUGCGAUUGAAAGCAUUCCGACCGACCAGUGAUAAAAUUGUUAAGAUCCAAUUGCAUCCGACGCACCCAUGGAUGGUCACGGCAGAUGCAUCAGAUCGGGUCUCUGUUUGGAACUGGGAACACCGCCAGGUGAUAUACGAGCUGAAAGCUGGCGGAGUUGAUGAGCGGCGUUUGGUCGGUGCCAAGUUGGAGAAGCUUGCUGAGGGAGAAACAGACUCCAAAGGGAAGCCCACAGAAGCUAUUCGGGGAGGGAGUGUUAUGCAGGUGAAAUUUUUUGAUGAUGAUGUACGCUUCUGGCAACUUUGGCACAAUCGCUUUGCAGCUGCAGAGGCUCCAUCAGCUGUGCAUCAUCUUACAUCAGCUUUUAGCUCUCCAGCCCCAUCGACAAAGGGAAGGCAUUUUCUCGUUAUAUGUUGUUUGAACAAAGCUAUAUUUUUGGACUUGGUGACAAUGCGCGGCCGUGAUGUACCAAAGCAGGAGCUUGAUAAUAAAUCCCUCCUAUGCAUGGAGUUCCUCUAUCGAUCUGGUGGGGGUGAUGGCCCUCUUGUUGCUUUUGGAGGAUCUGAUGGUGUCAUUAGGGUUCUCUCAAUGAUAACUUGGAAGCUUGUGCGAAGAUACACUGGAGGUCACAAAGGAUCAAUCUCUUGCUUGAUGUCCUUCAUGGCUGCUUCUGGUGAGGGUCUUCUGGUCUCGGGUGCCAAUGAUGGAUUGCUUGUACUAUGGAGUGCAGACCAUAUACAAGAUUCACGAGAACUUGUUCCAAAACUAAGCUUAAAGGCCCAUGAUGGUGGGGUUGUGGGAGUUGAGAUUUCUAGGGUGAUUGGAGGUGCUCCUCAGCUUAUUACAAUUGGUGCAGACAAGACAUUAGCUAUAUGGGACACAGUCUCCUUUAAGGAACUGCGACGUAUAAAACCAGUUCCAAAAUUGGCUUGCCAUAGUGUGGCAUCUUGGUGCCAUCCUCGAGCCCCAAACCUUGAUAUUCUUACUUGUGUAAAAGACUCUCAUAUAUGGGCAAUUGAACAUCCUACUUAUUCUGCUCUCACAAGACCGCUCUGUGAAUUAACCUCAGUUAUUCCUCCCCAAGCUCUUGCAUCUAAUAAGAAGCUCAGGGUCUAUUGUAUGGUUGCACACGCUUUGCAGCCACAUCUUGUUGCUACUGGAACCAACAUUGGUGUUAUAAUAUGUGAGUUUGAUCCUAGGUCUCUUCCAGCUGUGGCACCCCUGCCAACACCAGUAGACAGCCGAGAGCAUGCUGUUGUAUAUGUAGUUGAAAGGGAGCUCAAACUGCUAAAUUUUCAGCUAAACAAUUCGGCAAAUCCAUCUCUUGGAAAUAAUAGCUCCCUGUCAGAAACAGGAAGAUCUAGGGGUGAUUUUGUGGAACCUUUACCUAUCAAGCAGGGGAGGAAACAGAUUAAUACACCUGUUCCACACGAUUCAUAUUCUGUUCUUUCUAUGAGCAGUUCAGGGAAGUAUCUAGCCAUUGUUUGGCCAGAUAUUCCUUACUUCUCGGUGUACAAGGUUAGUGACUGGUCAAUCGUUGAUUCUGGCAGUGCAAGGCUUCUUGCUUGGGAUACAUGUCGUGACAGAUUUGCCAUAUUGGAAUCAUCAUUACCUCCUAGAAUUCCUAUUAUUCCUAAGGGAGGUUCUAGAAGAGCAAAAGAGGCUGCUGCAGCUGCAGCACAAGCCGCUGCUGCUGCGGCUUCUGCUGCUUCCAUGGCGUCUGUUCAAGUGCGUAUCUUGCUAGAUGAUGGAACAUCUAACAUACUAAUGAGAUCUGUUGGUGCACGCAGUGACCCAGUCAUUGGGUUGCAUGGGGGGGCUUUGCUUGGUGUUGCCUAUCGGACAUCCAGGAGAGUCAGUCCAGUUGCUGCUACAGCUAUUUCAACAAUUCAGUCCAUGCCCUUGUCAGGCUAUGGAAGCAGUGGUCUUUCAUCUUUUACUACUUUUGAUGAUGGAUUUUCCUCAAAUAGAUCUCCAUCUGAGGCAGCUCCUCAGAACUUCCAGCUAUACAGUUGGGAGACUUUCCAGCCCGUGGGUGACCUACUUCCUCAGCCAGAAUGGACUGCUUGGGACCAAGCUGUUGAGUACUGUGCAUUUGCAUAUCAACAUUACAUAGUCAUAUCAUGUUUGCGUCCACAAUAUAGAUACCUGGGAGAUGUUGCAAUUCCAUAUGCUACUAGUGCUGUUUGGCACCGAAGGCAACUAUUUGUAGCCACACCAACUACUAUAGAAGUUGUUUUUGUGGAUGCCGGGGUUGCACAAAUUGACAUAGAAACUAAGAAGAUGAAGGAAGAGCAAAGAAUGAAAGAAGCACAAGCAAGAGCAGUGGCUGAGCAUGGAGAAUUGGCACUAAUUACUGUGGAUGGUCCCCAAAAUACUACUGAAGAAAGAAUGUCAUUGAGGCCGCCAAUGUUACAGGUGGUACGAUUGGCUUCAUUUCAGCAUGCUCCUUCAGUGCCGCCUUUCAUAUCGUUGCCAAAACAAUCUCGAGUUGAUAGUGAUGACUCUGGGAUGGCAGAAGAAAGAAAGGCUAGUGAAAUAGCUGUUGGUGGUGGGGGAGUGUCUGUUGCUGUUACUCGGUUCCCACUGGAGCAGAAACGUCCUGUUGGGCCUCUGGUUGUGGUGGGUGUCAGAGAUGGAGUUCUUUGGGUAAUUGACAGGUACAUGUGUGCACAUGCUUUGUCCCUGAGUCAUCCAGGUAUUCGUUGCCGAUGUCUUGCUGCUUAUGGUGAUGCUGUUAGUGCCAUAAAAUGGGCAAGUAGGCUUGGGAGAGAACACCAUGACGAUUUAGCUCAAUUUUUGCUGGGAAUGGGUUAUGCUACUGAAGCACUUCAUUUGCCUGGAAUAUCUAAAAGGUUGGAGUUUGAUCUGGCAAUGAAGAGUAAUGAUUUGAAGAGAGCUCUCCAGUGCCUUCUUACCAUGAGUAAUAGCAGAGGCAUAGGGCAGGAUAACACUGGGCUCGGUUUGACAGAUAUACUUAAUUUGACAGAUAAAAAGGAAGAUAUAGUUGAAGCUGUGCAGGGCAUAGUGAAGUUUGCAAAGGAGUUCUUGGAUCUCAUCGAUGCUGCAGAUGCUACCGCGCAAAGUGAAAUUGCUCGUGAAGCUCUCAAAAGGUUAGCUGCGGCAGUUUCAGUCAAAGGUGCUUUACAAGGCCACGAGUUGAGGGGUUUAGCCUUGCGCCUUGCAAAUCAUGGGGAGUUAACACGGCUAAGUGGCUUGGUAAAUAAUUUGAUAACUCUUGGCUUGGGACGGGAAGCUGCAUUUGCUGCUGCAGUUUUGGGAGACAACGCUCUAAUGGAAAAGGCAUGGCAGGAUACUGGGAUGCUGGCAGAGGCCGUGCUUCAUGCUCAUGCACAUGGACGGCCGACAUUGAAGAACUUGGUUCAGGCCUGGAACCAAAUGCUACAGAGAGAGAUCGAGCCUGCUUCAUCGCAGAAGACAGAUGCUGCAGCUGCAUUCUUUGCCUCUCUAGAGGACCCCAAACUUACGAGUCUGGCAGAAGCAGGGAAGAAACCUCCAAUUGAAAUCCUACCUCCAGGGAUGAUGUCUCUUUCUGCACCUAUUCCUGUUCAAAAGAAACCAGCUUCUGCUGCUCAGAAUUCACAGCAGCCACCUGGCAAGCCUUUGGCAUUGGAAGCUCCUCCGACAGCCACCACAGCGGAGCCACCAAGUGCACCACCUCCACAGCAAUCUGAAUCCACACCUGCACCGGUCCCUGAUUCAGCUGCAUCACAGUCCGCCCCAGACUCCCAACCGGAUUCAGUGGCGGCUCCAUCCCAGCCGGAAUCAGGGGAAACCAAUGUUGAUAACAAAGAAGCUCCUGCCUCUGCGUCAGCAAGUGAUGCUGAUCAAAAUGCUAGCGGGGAAACUGUCCAAACAUUGUCGACGAUCAGUCCAGCACCAACACCGACAGUGAUUGCACCAACAGAGGCCCCACCGAAAGUAGCUGAGGCUCAGGAGACAAAUGUUCCAACUGCAGUAUCCGUUGCUGAAUUCCUUGCAUGAUUGAUAUUCGUCAAAAUUGGUUACGCCAACGUUUGGAAAAUAUAUUCGUUGAAAGACGGACAAUAUUAUCAAGGUUUUCUUGCUUUGUUUCAUUCUGUAAAGUAAUUGAGUUUGUUACUUGUAACAAUCUUACGAGCAUGUAGAGUUUGCUUUUUUGUAUCGUCGUAAUGUCGUGAUCUAAGUUUUGUUGGCUUUUAAAGAAGUUAUAUAGUUCCGGCAAGCAAUCCUGUUUGCAAUUUUCAAA